AUGAAGUGUAAAGGGGAUCUAUGGAUUGACGAUCAUCACACUGCAGAUAUUGCGAUUGCUUUGGGAACAGCUUUCAAGCAAGCUUUGGGGGAAGUACGUGGAAUACGGCGAUACGGGACUGGUUUUGCUCCUUUAGACGAGGCACUUUCGCGCGCAGUAAUCGAUAUCUGUUCAAGACCGUACUGCGUAACCGAUCUCGGUCUUAAACGUGAAAAAAUAGGUGAUCUAUCAACGGAGAUGCUUCCCCAUAUAUUCUAUUCUUUUGCUAUUGCCUCCGGAUGCACACUUCAUGUAGACGUCCUUCGCGGAGAAAACGAUCAUCAUCGUGCCGAGUCUGCUUUCAAAGCAUUGGCACUUGCCAUCAAACAGGCAGUCGAAAGAACUGGAGGUAACGAUGUACCAAGUACGAAGGGCGUUUUAUGA